GCUUCUCUUCCAAAUCCAUGGCGGAUCUUCAUCCUCCCUAUAAAUACCUCCCUUCCUUCCACACUUUCCCACACACAUUUGUUCCCCUCCGUUCGCUCUGUUUUCAGAGCUCACGCGUUUAUUCCGUCCCCUAGGGUUUUCUUCAACCCUAAUUUCUAUUUUCAUUUUCCACGGCAAUUAAGCUUCCAAUCUUCUUCUUAUUCUUCCUCAUUGUUCUUUUGAUUUCGAAUUUUUCUGUAAAUUCGAAUUCCGAUGACGAUUAAGCCAACUGUAAGGAUCGCGGAGAGGAAAUUGGUGGUGAAGGACAGAACAAUCCUCACCAACGUGCCGGAAAACGUCGUCGGCGCCUCCGGCGCCGCCGCCGGCCCGGCGGAGGGCGUGUUUCUAGGGGCGGUUUUCGACGAAGACAGCUGCCGCCAUGUCGUCUCUCUCGGUACUCUCCGCGACGUCCGAUUUCUCGCCUGUUUCAGAUUCAAGCUAUGGUGGAUGGCGCAGAAAAUGGGCGACGCCGGCCGCGAAAUCCCCCUGGAAACUCAGUUCCUCCUCGUGGAGACGAAGGACGGCUCGCAGCUCGAAUCCGCCGUCGCCGGAGAUUCUGACCACAAAAUCGUCUACACCGUCUUCCUCCCCCUCAUCGAAGGUCCCUUCAAAGCCUGCCUCCAAGGCAACGCCGCCGACGAGCUCGAGCUCUGCCUCGAAACCGGCGACUCCGCCACCGUCGGCUCCGCCUUCACCCACGCCGUCUACAUCAGCGCCGGCACCGACCCCUACGCCACCAUCCACGACGCAAUCAAGGCCGUCAAAUCACACCUCGGAACCUUCCGCCUCCGCCCGGAGAAAAAACUCCCCGGAAUCGUCGAUUACUUCGGCUGGUGCACGUGGGACGCCUUCUACCAAGAGGUCACUCAGGAAGGCGUCGCCGCCGGCCUGCAGAGCCUCAACUCCGGCCACACGCCGCCCAAAUUCGUCAUCAUCGACGACGGCUGGCAAUCCGUCGCCUCCGACGGCAGCAAGCCGGAGGAGCUCCUCCGCCUCACCGGAAUCAAAGAGAAUUCCAAAUUCCAGAAGAAGGAAGAUCCAUCUCAGGGCAUCAAGAACAUCGUCAACAUCGCCAAGAAUCAACACGGCCUCAAACACGUCUACGUCUGGCACGCCAUCACCGGCUACUGGGGCGGCGUCCGCCCCGGCGUCAAGGAGAUGGAACAGUACGAAUCGGCGAUGCAAUACCCCAACGUGUCGAAAGGCGUCCUCGCCAACGAGCCCGGCUGGAAAACCGACGUCAUAGCCAUCCAAGGAUUGGGACUUGUCAACCCCAAGAACGUCUACAAGUUCUACAAUGAGUUGCACAGCUACCUCGCCGCUGCCGGCGUAGACGGCGUCAAGGUCGACGUGCAGUGCAUACUCGAGACCCUCGGCGCCGGGCUCGGCGGCAGAGUCGAGCUCACACGCCAGUAUCAUCAAGCGCUCGAUGCCUCCGUUGCUCGGAACUUCCCCGACAAUGGCUGCAUUGCUUGUAUGAGCCAUAAUCUCGAGUCGCUCUAUUGCUCGAAGCAGACGGCGAUCGUGCGAGCCUCCGACGAUUUCUACCCGAGGGAUCCGGUGUCACACACGAUCCACAUCGCCGCCGUCGCGUAUAACAGCGUGUUUUUAGGGGAGGUGAUGCUGCCGGAUUGGGACAUGUUCCAUUCUUUCCAUCCGGCUGCUGAGUACCACGGCUCGGCGAGGGCAAUCAGCGGAGGACCCGUCUAUGUUAGCGAUGCACCGGGGAAGCACAACUUCGAUCUUCUAAGGAAGCUUGUAUUGCCGGAUGGGUCGGUCCUCCGGGCCCGAUUACCCGGCCGGCCGACUAAGGAUUGCCUGUUCUCCGACCCAGCCCGUGACGGCGUUAGCCUGUUGAAGAUAUGGAACAUGAACAAGUUUACCGGGGUGCUCGGCGUGUACAACUGCCAAGGUGCGGCGUGGAAUGCCGAGGAGAGGAAGAACACGUUCCACCAGACGACAGCGGAGGCGAUCACCGGCUGUGUCCGUGGCUGCGACGUCCAUCUGAUAUCGGAAGCGGCUGCCGGGGAGUCUGACUGGAACGGAGACGUGGCGCUCUACUCUCACCGGGUUGGCGAAGUUAUCAUCCUCCCGCACAACGUGGCGAUGCCGGUAUCCCUCAAGGUGUUGGAGCAUGAGAUCUUUACGGUGACGCCAAUCAAAGUAUUGGCACCCGGCAUCAGCUUUGCACCGUUUGGGCUCAUCAACAUGUUCAAUGCCGGCGGGGCGAUAGAAGCGCUCGAGUACGAAGUGAAGGCGCCGUCGGGAAUGGAGAGCGGGUAUGAUCGCGAAGAACGAGUCGAGAACUUGAGCGCAACGGCUGUUGCCGUCGUUUCCAUGGAAGUGAAGGGGUGUGGGAGUUUUGGGGUGUACUCGUCGACGAAGCCGAGGAAGUGCGUCGUGGGAUCGGAAGAGGUUGAUUUUGACUACGAGUCGGCAUCAGGGCUGGCGACGGUGAAGUUGCCGGAGAUGCCGCUGGAGGAGGCGAAGGUUCAUAGAGUUAAGAUGGAGAUAUGAGAAGGUGUUGUAAGGAAUUUAAUUGAUUGUUUGUUUGGGAAGAGGGAAUGGAAUGAAGAACGUACGUUUGAGCA